AUGCGGAUGCUAUUCACGCGAUUUGAUGUCACAGUGCAAUCCUUCCACUGGUCGGAGAGAGCUAAGGUUCGAAUAUAUCGCUAUCCUUCCCUUUCUGGUGUGUUCUAGGCACUAAUCAGUGAGUGAUGCUGUAUACUAAUGAUUUAGUAGUGUCCAAAGCAGAUCUAAAUGAUUAAAAAAUUCACAUAAACAAUAGUAGGUGAGGUGGAAUUCUCGUUUUUACAUAUAUACACAUAUAUAUAUAUAUAUAUAUAUAUAUAUAUAUAUAUAUAUAUAUAUAUAUAUAUAUAUAUAUAUAUAUAUAUAUAUAUAUAUAUACAAAAAAGACACUCGUUCAACAAAGUUUAUGGAUCAAAAUAUACAUAAGGUAGCAAUGUCAUUGUGAUAAUGUAGUCCUGUGUAUCUGCGUUUCGCUCGUAUGAGAGCAUCAAUGUUUGGUGCAGUAAGUCCUAUAAUAUCAGGAUUACCCAACAGAUCAGACUUAUUUAACCAUUCUCACAUAGAGGGACUCUUCAGUGGAUGUGCUGGAAUUUGAGCCUUCACCUGUAGAGCUUGUGCAUUAAUCACUUUACUUAGCCUAACAGUAUUUGUACUUAAGCUGUCUAUUUGUGGCCUAUGUGCCCAAAGAUGUGCCUACAAGUCUCCCUGCUAACAAAGUGUUCUCUGCAUUGGGCGGUUUACGCAAGCUCAGUAAGGGUCCCGAGUGCAUUAUAUGGUUUACAUGGUGUGUUUUCCUUCUUGUAUAUCCUGUAUCAAUUUGAUAUUUUGUUAUGGGAAAUUACUAAUGUUACUAAUGUAUGAAGACCUGAUGAUCUUAUUAUGCAACGUCGUUUAUUCUAGAACAGUAAAAGAUGUUUGGUGUCUGUGUAUAAAUAUAAAACAGUAUUUUAUUUAGUGUCAUUUCCCUUCGAAAGUGCCCAUUUUAUGAAUACUUAUGUCACCCAGCAAGGUAAAUAGAGUUUGGAAAUUUUGUGCUGUGUAGUCACCCAAACUGCUCUGCAUACAGGAAAAGGGGAGGGCGAUGCAGGAUGUUUUGGGGCCACUGCGCAAAUCUUUGCAUACAGAGUCCUUUAUCACCUUGUCCCACCUCCUGGCAGCACGGGAAAAAGACUCUCAGAUUGUUCAGACCUGCAAUGCUACCUUCUGCCAAAACACCCGCAGCACCAUCCACAAGGUACGUUCCCUGUGUUCCUCCCAGUCUGGCUUUCUCAUACAUGUUCUCUAAUAUCAUAUAGUGCACGUUCUUAAAUCUUGUUUGUUCUAUUUCCACUUGCAGGUUCUCAUGGUAGGUAAUGUCCCUGACCGAGGAGGGCGCCCCAAUGAGAUCGAACCUCCAAUGCCAAUUUGGGAGAAGAGAAGAGAGGGGGGAGGUGGGCAGCGUAAUUGGGGAAAAAGUAAUAAGAAGCGGAAGAGAUGA